CGCGCGCUGGAAAGGGGUCGGGGAGCAGAGUGGGAACCGGGAACAGCGAGGUCGGCAGGGAACGGCUUCGGCGUCCAGGAUUUAAGGCGCCCCCCGCGGCAUUGUUGUGUAGUCGGGGUCUGCAAGAAAGGAGAAGCACCUGCUGGGAUCGUGCCGGAGGAAACUAGACUUGGGCGUCCACCCGAAGACUUGGGCGACCAUAUUAGCACUGCUGCUAUUUCUGCGCAUGGGCAUUGGAGACAUCUGCUUGCAAAGCAAACUUCUCGGCAGGACUAUGGAUGAUACUAGAACUUUACUUGAUAUUAAAGAGUACCCUGAUCCUGAGAUUCAGAAAAACCGAGUACUAACUCUGGAAGAAUGGCAAGAAAAGUGGGUGGACCACAAAAUUUCAUUUCAUCAAGAGCAAGGACAUCAGCUAUUAAAGAAGUAUUUGGAUUCUUUUCUUAAAGGCAAGAGUGGACUGAGGGUAUUUUUUCCUCUUUGUGGAAAAGCAGUUGAGAUGAAAUGGUUUGCAGACCGAGGACACAGUGUAGUUGGCGUGGAAAUCAGCGAACUUGGGAUACGGGAAUUUUUUAAAGAGCAGGAUCUUUCUUACUCAGAAGAGCCAGUCAUGGAAAUUCCUGGAGCCAGAGUAUUCAAGAGUUCUCCCGGGAGCAUCGCCUUGUACUGCUGCAGCCUCUUUGACCUGCCCAGAGCAAAUAUUGGCAAAUUUGACAGGAUUUGGGAUAGAGGAGCAUUAGUUGCUGUUAACCCGAGUGAUCAUAAACGCUAUGCAGAUAUAAUGCUGUCCCUAAUGGGAAAAGGGUGUCACUACCUCUUGUGCGUCCUUUCUUACGAUCCAACUAAAUAUGCAGGCCCACCCUUCUACGUCCCAGAUGCUGAAAUUAAAAGCCUGUUUGGUUCCUUGUGCAAUAUUCACUGUCUCGAGAAGGUUGAUGCUUUUGAGGAGCGACAUAAAAGUUGGGGAAUUGACUCCAUUGUUGAAAAGUUAUACCUAUUUACAGAAAAGUAAACAGGACAUAAAUAAAAGCAAGUAAUAUCCACUUGUUUUUUGAGCUUUGGGGCAACUGAAGAUUAUGUUAUGAUGUGAAACUAUAACGGGUGACUUUCGAAAAAAAUUGCUCACAAAUCUUACCACAGAUCUUUGCUCCAAAAUGCAUAUAACUUUUCAGAAAACCACUUACCUCAUUGUUAGAGUAGCUGCCUUUAGAAUGGAGAGCAUGAUCGGGGGUGCAAGAUUCUACCUGUGUGUUUUACUUACAGACUGCAAGAAAUGUUUGGAAUCAGCAUUCCUUGUAUAAUUAAAAAUAAAAGAAAUGCAGUGUAUGUACAAGAAGUAUGAUAGACAUAGAAAAAUUGGUAUACUUUGUUCUCUUUAUGUAAUUUUAUAUGUAACAGGAUCAAGAAACAAAUUUUAAAACUAAAUAAAUCAACAUAUAUGCAAUAAACUAUUUUUCUCAAACUGUAAAAAUAAAUUUUUUAAAGAAAGACA